UGAAUGCAGUUCUUGCUUGCGUUGGAUUAACGGCUGGUUGUGAAUUGAAUUUUUGGAUCCCCAUUUAUAUGCUUAUCUUCUGGUCUGAGUUCUAAAUGUUUGACCAUCUCUUGAUCUACAAUAAUAGCUUUCUUUUCACCUUCACCACCUUCUGCAAGUAGGAAUCUGUUGAUGCGUCCAAUAAUGUUGCUAAGUGAGCCUCCUGAAACUGUUGCCGCCAUUAUUAUCAUAUAAACAAACAUGAUUCUACACUUGCUGUUCAUUUGGACUGCAGCAAUUUUCUCUCGUGGGAAGGGAACUCACUCUACACCCCCAUAAAUCAUGACCAUAUUAUUCCUCCUCUGCACACUGUCAGUGCUAUGGAGCAUUUGCUUCCCUUGCUUUUGCAGGACAUAAACCAAAAAGAACAAUAGCCUCUGGUAGAAUAAUCGUGUACAUUAUUAAUGAAAGCAUCGUCUUAUUCUCUUUUCUCGCAUGCUCGCCUAAUUGCAUAUGUUAGCAUCUUUACAUAGCAAGAGCGUGGAUUGCGUACCAUGUUUUUAUAUACUAUUUUACCUAGCAAUGAUCAAAAUAUCCUUAAUGUCAUAUUAUCAAAGAUAUAUGAAAAUUUUCCAAGAGCAUUUGGGUGUCUUUCAGAACACUCGUUAUUCUCUCAUGUCUAUUUCAUCGUUAUCAUCUUCUUUCAUGUCAUAAAAAAUAUUUAUAUAAUAUAUAUUUUGCAUAACCUAUAUAUUUUCAAAAAAUAAUUAAACUUGUAGUUCAAUGAGUUGACCCUCUAAUUAAACUGAUGACCAAGUGAUAUGUGACUUGAUUUGAUUGAUGUCGACUUUGAUCCUGAUUACUAUGACAUCUACUUUCUGUUUGCUUAUUCAAAUAAAUUAACUUGAUGAUGGAUAGAGAAGUGGAUAUGGGAACAAGGUCCAUCAAAAUAUGGCGCUUAUAUGGCCCAACCCAAAUUUUGUACUGCUCGUUACUUGUAUCGUGUUUUCUCACCGUAGUAGAAGAAGAAGAAGAAGAAGAAGAACAGAAGAUGGUGGCUGUGAUGGUGAUGCCGGCCGGCUCGCGGCUUCGUGUCCACUCCGGCGCGUCGGCUGUUCCUUCCUCUGCUGGCAGCGGACGAGGAGGUGGGGGAAGAGGAGUACCUGAGAUCGAUGGCGGCGAUCAAGUCUCAUCGUGGUCUUCGUCUCCUUCUCCUCUGUUCCUGCGGUGGCCUGCGAGGAUAACGAGCGCGUCCAACCCAUUCGUCAAGCACUGCGUCAAGCUCCGGCUCAGCUCCUCCUACCGUCGGUCCUGCGGCUCCGCCCUUGUUGUGGGCCGUACCCCCAUCUUGGAGAUAUGCAGGUUUCAGCAAUUGAAAGGGGAUGAUGAGUCUAUGGUGGAUUGCUUGCUUUUGCUAGAUGGCGCAGACACUCUUGGAGGAUUCCAUCAUUUCUCUGCUCCUGUCGUGCAUGUGAGCCCUAUUGUGAUGAAGAAAGUCUCUGGUAUGCAGUCAAUUGAUUCCAUUGAAGCUAUUGCCCUUAUGAGGCUCCCUGGAACUUUCUUAAACCUUGAGGAGAAUGAUGAAAUUUGUCAACGUUGGUUCCCUUCAUCUCACCGGCUAUUGGUGCUUGACGGGAUCCAGGACCCUGGUAACCUUGGCACUCUGAUAAGAUCAGCUAUGGCUUUCAAAUGGGAUGGUGCCUUUCUGCUUCCUAACUGCUGUGAUCCUUUAAAUGAGAAGGCACUUCGAGCAUCUCGUGGAGCUUCCUUUCAGCUCCCUGUGGUUUCUGGUACGUGGUCUCAUCUAAUGACCUUAAAGACUAAGAAUAAGAUGAAGAUGUUGGCAGGUCAUCCAGGGAGUAGCGCUGAUGGAUCCAAUACGACUCGUUCAUUGUCUCAUGAACUUGCAGAGUCAUUGGCAGGUGAGCCUCUUUGCUUGGUAUUAGGUAGUGAGGGACAUGGAUUGUCAAAGCAAACUGUGCAGGCCUGCAAGCUAGUAAGCAUUCCUAUGGCUGGUGGUUUCGAGUCCCUUAAUGUUUCAGUUGCUGGAGGAAUAUUCUUAUUUAUGUUACAACCUGAAACCCGUAGAUACGUAUGAUUGCCAUUACUUAGUUCUCUGCAUUUUCGGUGUCAAUUCAUAUAUAAUCCUUUCUUAUA